AUGACAACUAGCCUGGUACGGAACUGGAUUCAGCAAGAGAUCGAGCAAAAAAAACUUCAGACAGACCAAAGGGCAAAAAAAACCAAUCUCGAGAAAACUGUAUGUGAUUCGUUCGGACAAGAAGCGAUGUUGAGGGGAUCUCGGCUUCUCCUCUCUCGCGCUUCAUUUUGUCACCGUCUUCGCCCAGAUUAUCAUCAUCACAGUUUCCACAGUUUGCCCAAUUUUAACAAAAGUAACUCAAUUCGGAAAUAUCCAUCCAUCAAUGCCUUCCUCUCGGAUCCAUCCUCAUCUCCGAUUAGUUCCAGAGUCAACCCACCCGUUCUGUUCUUCUCAUCUUCAACUUCAACUCCAAAUCCAGAUCGAACAACCACCUCUAAAUCUCAAGACCAAAUCAACACGACGUCGUCGCAGAAGAUCCUCCGCACGGUUUCCAGCUAUCUAUGGAUGAGAGACAACCCAGAACUCCGUCUCAGAGUCAUCACUGCAUUAGCUUGUCUCGUUGGAGCCAAGUUUUUGAACGUUCAAGUCCCUUUCCUCUUCAAAUUAUCCAUCGAUUUACUCUCUUCGCCUUCAUCUUCUUCAAUCGCCGCUUCAAACCCGUAUCUCCUUGCUGCUUUCGCAACACCUUCCUCUGUUCUCAUAGGAUACGGAAUCGCUCGAUCUGGAUCCUCUGCGUUUAACGAGCUUCGUACUGCCGUUUUCUCCAAAGUAGCUCUCCGCACGAUACGAUCCGUCUCAAGAAAAGUGCUCUCGCAUCUACACGAUCUCGACCUUCGUUACCAUCUAAAUCGAGAAACAGGAGCUUUGAACAGAAUCAUCGAUCGUGGAAGCAGAGCGAUAAACACGAUCCUCUCAGCUAUGGUUUUCAAUGUUGUCCCCACAAUCUUGGAGAUAUCUAUGUGGAGAACCAAGUUUCGAAAAGCUAUGAUCCAAGCUGAUAACGAUGCUGGCACAAGAUCCAUCGACUCACUCAUAAACUACGAGACUGUAAAGUAUUUCAACAACGAAGACUACGAAGCUCGAAAGUACGAUGAGCUGCUCGCAAACUACGAAGACGCUGCUUCGAGAACUCAGAAAAGCCUCGCCUUUUUGGAUUUUGGACAGAGUGUUAUAUUUAGUACGGCUUUGUCAACAGCGAUGGUGUUGUGUUCUCAAGGGAUUAUGAACGGAGAGAUGACAGUUGGCGAUUUGGUGAUGGUGAAUGGUCUUCUCUUCCAACUGUCUCUACCUCUUUACUUUCUCGGUGGUGUUUACCGCGAAACAGUUCAGAGCCUUGUGGACAUGAAAGCAAUGUUCCAGUUGCUUGAGGAGAGAUCCGACAUCGGAGACAGAGAUACAGACGCAAACCUUCCUCUUCUUGCUCUGAGAGGCGGAAGCAUUCGGUUCGAGAAUGUACACUUUAGCUACUUACCGGAGAGGAAGAUUCUAGAUGGGAUCUCGUUUGUCGUACCGGCGGGGAAAAGCGUGGCGAUUGUUGGAGGUAGCGGAAGCGGAAAAUCGACGAUUCUUAGAAUGAUAUUCAGAUUCUUUGACACAGAUUCCGGAAAUGUUAAAAUCGAUGAUCAGGAUAUAAAGGGAGUGAGGCUAGAUAGUCUUCGAAACUCCAUUGGUGUUGUCCCUCAAGAUACUGUGCUAUUCAAUGACACGAUAUUUCACAACAUUCACUAUGGAAACCUUUCAGCAACAGAGGAAGAAGUGUACGAUGCAGCUAGGCGUGCGGCGAUUCACGAUACGAUAAUGAGUUUCCCGGAUAAAUACUCGACAUCGGUUGGAGAAAGAGGGCUGAUGCUGAGCGGUGGAGAGAAACAAAGAGUGGCACUUGCUCGUGCGUUUCUGAAGUCGCCUGAGAUUUUGCUGUGUGACGAAGCAACGAGUGCGCUCGACAGUAGAACCGAGGCAGAGAUAAUGAAAACGCUCAGGUCGCUAGCGAGUAACAGGACUUGCGUUUUCAUCGCACACAGGCUGACCACUGCGAUGCAGUGCGAUGAGAUAAUAGUGUUGGAGAAUGGGAAAGUGGUUGAGAAAGGGACGCACCAAGUGUUGUUGGGGAAAUCAGGAAGAUACGCCAAGUUGUGGAUUCAACAAAACAGUAAAUUGGAUUGACUUGUUGAUUCUUUUGUUGUUGUUUGUUGUUCUUCUACACUAAAUUUUGAAUCAUUAUGUGCAGGUAUAAUUUGUUUGUAGCCUUGAUGACAAAAACCAAAUAAAAAUCAUUUGUAACCUUGUAAUAGGAGAUAUCAUUUGUAGAGUAGAGGUUAACCUAUAUUUUUGGUUGUUAAUUUGAUUUUUGUUAUGAACUUUAAUACAUGAAUAUAUUUGUUCUGUUUCCUUCAUAAUCAAAAGUUGAAGUUCAAGGCC